CUGUAGCAUGAUUCAAAACCUCGCCAUGACUGUUUGCUCUUACUUUCCUACAAGAUAAAGAACAGCCUUACCCAAUUUCAGUUAAGUUUCAACUCUCCCAGUGAAAGUCACGGCCUGUCUUUUUCCUGAGAAAUGGCCCCCAACAUGGUAUUUUGGAAUCAUCGGCUCUCCUGCUUCCUGAUCGUCAUGUUGUCCUUUAGCUGUGGUAUGUGUGUGGAGGUGACUGUACCACAUGAUCCCGUGAUGCAGCAGAGAGGUUUAAAUGUGGAAAUCCCCUGCCGCUAUAAAACAUCUGUUGACAAUGCCUUUGUUUUGGAAUGGAGGUUUGCUGCUGGUUCAACGUCUCCUGAUACUGGAACACAGAUUCUCUAUUUUUCAAAUAAUAAGCUCUACAAACCAGGCGCGCAGGCCGAACGGCUAAGCCUCGUUCAAUACCCCCCCAGGCUGGGGGAUGCUUCUAUCCGGUUGAACAACAUCCGUGCAUCAGAUGCUGGCGCUUACAUCUGCGAAGUGAACAACCCUCCAGACUUCUACGGCACUGGUUCUGGGACUGUGCAUCUCACAGUUUUAAUGCCACCAUCUACACCAGUCUGUAAAGGGACCACUUCUGCUUCUGUUGGGUCGGAUGUCACUUUCUCCUGCAGUUCUUCUGAAGGUGUGCCUCCCCCAAUUUAUUCCUGGAUUCAGCAGGAUGCCAAACAGCCACUUCCUCCUUCCAACAUGGUGCAAAACCAAGAAAAGGGAACGCUCAUAUUGACCAACCUCACACUUCAAUUCUCUGGUACCUAUAUCUGCACGGCCUCCAAUGAGUUUGGACACCAUAGUUGCCAAAUAUCUCUCCAUGUGACAGGCAUUGGGAAAGCUGGAGCUGUUGCAGGUGCUCUCAUUGGGGCCAUUCUAGCUCUAUUCCUGCUUGGGGCCAUUGUCCUCUACAUUUUGCACUACAGGAAGAAUAAGACGGCUAAGAAGCCUCAGUCCGAAUACAGUGGAAAUGAAAUAAGGGAGGACGCUACUGCUCCUGGAAUCUUCAAGCCUCUGGAGAGAAGGGACAGUAAAUCAGAAAGCAAACUCCUGGAAAAUGUCUCUUCUAGACCUGGAUCAGUGAGCACAACCAAAUCCCAACUAAAGAACAUCAUUGUCUGAAUCUGAAUUGCUAUUUUUCCUCUCAAAAGGCCAGCUCUGUUUUACUGCAGUGAAAGUGUGUUUCAUCUGAAAAACUCAUCCCAUCCAUUGUUGAGGUAGCCUUCACCUACCACUCCUAAUCUUCCGGCUGUAUUGACAUUUCCUAAAUUACUUUCCUGGAGGUUUGUUUUGGGUUUGAUUAGUUUGUGGUGCUUGACUAGCCCUGUUUGCUUUUGACGUGUGUCCCUGGAGAGGUAAUGCCGAGAGAAUGUAGCUAUCCACAUGAAAAAUGAAAAGAAAAAAGAAAAACAGAUUCCCCAUCUCAAGUUCAUUUGUUGUUUCUUAGCCAGAUUGAAUCUAACUCCAUCUGCUUUGCUAGUAAGAAUGUGGUUCAACAGAAGAAGUGGAUUUUUCUGCUCCUGUCUUUCCAUGGGUGAGUGCCUGUGACCAGAAUGGAAGCUACUGUCUUUACUUCCAUUUCUGAGGAGAUAUUCUUAGAUCUGGGUCUAUAGCUCUAACCAGACUCUUUUUUAAGGGAUGUGGUCACUCAUGAGGGAAGAGAGUGCUGCAUAAAGGAUCCAUGUUGCAGCAACUUCCAUAUGGACUACUGUAAAGUGCUCUACAUGGAGCUGUCCUUGGGGAUUGUUUGGAAGCCAGAACUUCAGUCUGAACAGUCUGAAGUGCAAGGAGCAGAUAAAUGGAGGUUCCACAUAUUUCAUCACUUUCCCGUGUGUAUCUAGGAUAAAUGCAAAACUGCAGACCAUCAUUCCCCUUCUUCAUAUGUAGGAGGGGAUGCCACUUUGCAGUUUUUUAUGGGCUGCUGUUUUGUAAAAAAUAAAAUAAAAACGGAUGUAUAUCAACACACAAAACUCCCAUUCAUUACCAAAGGGGCAACCCCAUCAAUUCCAGGAUGCUCCCCCUCCCAUCAUAAUGAAUAGCUUUGGUGCACAAGUGGCAUAAGCGUGUGGACUGUACUGUGAUCCCAAUCCAAAUGACCACUUUAGGGAUUCUUUUAGGAACAUAAAAGAGACCUCACGUUGUGGAUCAUAGGUCCAUGUCUUUCUGCAUCUCACACUGUUUGGCUCUUAAGUUGCCUUGCAGUCCCUUAUGCUGUUUGCUUGCAUGGGAAAAAGGUAUUUCCAAUUCAAAGUGGCACUCUGGGGAAUUAAACAUUAAUGUUGUCUUCAGAACCAGUUCCAGGAGAUGAGAGGGAAACGGUUUUAAACUGUUGAAUGGGAGAUUAAAAUCUUUGUUUUCCAAAGUUGCCACAGGUAGUCACCAAAUCUCUAUCUAUUCCAAGAUCUAUUGAAGCAAGAAUUGCCAUGAAUUUCAUAAAAAUGAAAACUCUGAAAGUUGGGCUUCACUGGAUUCUGAAAUCUGCUGUAAUAUCCCCAUUCUUCUUCCCACCCUGGAAUGGGAUAUCUACCCAGCUCCACCCUUUACAUCUUGCCUGGAAGAUUUUAAUUAAAAAUAUAUAGCUACUACUAAAGACCUCAGUACUCUUGCUUUACAUGACAUUCUUUAUUAACAUUCCAUCUUAGUCGAAGAGAUCACAUGCAAAAAGAGAAAGAGAGAGAGAGAGAGACUAAAAAAAGACAAUGGCAGCAGAUUCUGCCAAAUUGUUGGUGGGUGAGAGAGAAGAAUUAAGGGCUG